ACACUCCCCAGACUCUGGUGUUGGUGCCAGUAUGGUUGUGUCAAAGGCUCAAUCUAAGGAUAUUUUGUCUCCAUUUUUAUUUUAUCUUAGUUACUUUUGUAAACACUCUACACAGUUUUAGUUUUUGGUAAAGCUUGAACCACCAUACCAUUUAUUUUACUCCGUUUUAUUGUGAUAAUGGGGGAAUUUAAAUGUGUUAUCAAUAUUUCAACUCAUUUAUUCAGACACACCUUUGUGUCUGAAUCUAUGUGAUGCCAAUGUUAAAGUGGUAAGUAACAGUGCUAAAAUUCACAUACAGAUAUUGAUGGGAACAAAAAACUAAAGAGGGUUGGAGAAAUGGAGCCACAGCUGCCCUGAUUGGGGCCCUGCUGGUUUGGUUUAACCAGGGUGAUCACUCUCAUGCUGCUUGGUUGACGAUCUAUCUCUACUCGUAAACUUCAGGAGUUUAACCUUUAACAUUCUGCUGUUUGCAUUUUUUAUUUUGAUCAAGUAAAAGAGAAGCAUUUAUUUUAUAAGAAAUCUGCAGAUAAAGUUUGUUUUUAUCUAUCUACAUCAGUUUUGGUCACAUUAUCUUUAGAGCUGACGUAGCAUCACUGAGUAUUUUAUAUUCAGCGUGUUCAGCGUUUGUGCUGUGAUUGAUGCAGAGGGAGGAGACAAACAGCAGGAGAGUCACACAGCAGCUCCUUAUUUACUCCCCUUCUCCUCCUUCAUGUGAUCCGAUGACUUCAACAUGGAUGUUACAUGUCAGCAGCAGCUAAAUUGAGGUAAACUUCACACAGAAGCCAACUUGAAGAGUAAAUGUCAUCUUGAGGAGCGAUGAUCUCCACUGUGAUGUGCACCAGAGAGACGCUACAAAGCCUUCAGUGCAACAAUCACAUCAGGAGCCCUGUCAGGACCGAGCCUCGCAGGAACUCCAUUCCCCAAACACAAAUCGUCACCGCUAAACAUCAGCUGGCUAACCUGCCCAGACCACAGACAGAAUCAGUCCGCUUCGCUCCCAACACCUACAAGGCUUCAGCAAAAUCCACUAUUACCUCCAUUAUGUCCACCAAAAGAACCUCUCUCAGCCACAACUUUAACAACACUAAUGGCUCAUCGCUCCCACCAUCCCACAGUGACAGCAGCCAGUCCUCUCAGGCUCUGGCUCUAGCCAAACAAGAACCCCACCAGCAGCCUUCUAUGCCCACAACUCCUCUAGAGCCAGUGGAGGAAUCUUCAAAGCCUCAGCGCUCACAUCGCAACAGAGGCCUAAAGCGUUUCAGCUCCAGGUGGCAAUCGAGAAGCUCCACCGGCAGCUGCAGCAACAUUCCCGCCUUCGCCAUAGAGAAGCUGAACGGUGCAAAGAGUCACAGGAAGCGGUGUAAGCUGUUGGGCGAUGAGCCCUCGGUGCAUGUUGUUGCCAGCAAUCAGCGCCAACGUUAUGUCGCCAAGGAUGGAAAGUGCCAGGUCAAUCUGGGGCCUAUUGCAGACAAGAGUCGCUUUCUGUCUGAUAUUUUCACAACAUUAGUAGACCUCAAGUACCGCUGGUUCCUUCUUGUCUUCACCAUGUGCUACAUCCUCACCUGGGUGGUCUUUGGUGGGAUCUACUUCUUUGGUGCCUGGUUGCGUGAUGACAUUGCACAUGUUCAAGACCCAGAGUGGAAGGCAUGCUUUGAAAAUGUAGACGGUUUUCUUUCUGCUCUGCUGCUGUCGAUCGAAAGCCAGAGGACGAUUGGGUACGGCUCCAGAAUGGUCACAGCAAACUGCCCUGAAGGCACAGUACUCCUCAUGAUCCAGUCCAUCCUCGGCUCCAUUAUCGAUGCUUUAAUGGUGGGAUGCAUGUUUGUCAAGAUCUCCCGGCCACAGCAAAGAGCCCAGACCCUGAUCUUCAGCAAGUACUGCGUCAUAUGUGAGCGUGACGAGAAGCUGGUCAUGCUAUUCCGCAUAGGAGAUCUGAGAGAGAGCCACAUGGUGGAUGCAAAGAUCCGAGCCAAGUUGAUCAAGUCCAGGCAGACUAAGGAGGGCGAGUUCAUCCCCCUGGAACAGUCUGAAAUCAACCUGGGCUAUGACACUGGUGGAGACAGGCUGCUUCUGGUGGAGCCACAGACCAUCACUCAUGUUAUUAAUGAGAGCAGCCCCUUCUGGGAGGUGGGGUCUGAGCGUCUGAGGAGAGAGACCUUUGAGAUCAUCGUCAUCCUGGAGGGCAUUGUAGAGGCAUCUGGUAUGACAUGCCAGGCGAGAACAUCCUACACAGAAGACGAGGUCCUCUGGGGCCACAGGUUUGAGUCGUGCAUUUCCUUGGAGAAAGGAGCAUUUCGUGUGGACUACAGCGCUUUUGAUAAAACCUUUGAGGUCCAAAUGUCUCAACUUAGUGCAAAAGAACAGAGCACAGCAGAAGAGCAAGACAUUGAGUUUUAGACGAUGAAAGCAAUAACAGUACUCUUAACCUGUGACAUAUAUUAUGAUGCACCCCUAUAAGCUGUUAUAUUUGUGCUUAAUGAAAUUUAAACUCAGGAUAAUAUCAGUUGUUCUGUUGUGCUAUUAAAGCUCCUGUGAUGAGUUUUUAUCUGCCUCUGAAACAAACAGAAAUGAAUACUGAUGCCUCUUUAUGACUUACAAAAGAAAAAGACACAGGCAGUAACAAGAUGUUUUCAAAACAUUUCAUUGAAGAGAUUUGCAACAAGUGGUCAUUUUAGGGUGAAAAAGUUUGAGAUUUUGUCUCAUGAACAUGACUUAUAGAACAAAGUUAUUACAGAGAUAAGAUGUAGGUACAACUUUGUCCACAGGGGGCAGCAAAGACAACAAAAACUGGAGGUUCCUCACAGGAGCUUUGAGAUUGCUAUGUGUUUUGUUUAAAUAUGCUGGUUAAUCUAUGCUGUAUUGUAAAAGGUUUGGUGGUGUUUUCAUCUUUUUAAAAAUAAAAAUAUA